CGGAGGAGGAUCGUUUUCUUACAGCGAAACGGGGGCGCGGGGAUGGCGGCGCUCAGGAGGGCUUUACACUUCGUCUUUAAAGUGGGGGACAGAGGCAAGACAGCCACUUUCUAUCGGGAUGUCCUCGGCAUGAGUGUUCUGCGUCACGAGGAGUUCGAGGAGGGCUGCAAAGCCACGUGCAACGGCCCAUACGAUGGGAAAUGGAGUAAGACCAUGGUGGGCUUCGGCCCGGAAGAUGAUCAUUUUGUGGCCGAGCUGACGUACAACUACGGCGUUGGGGAGUACCGUCUGGGAAACGACUUCCUAGGCCUCACGCUGCAGUCCAGCCGGGCCAUCAGCAACGCCCGGCGCCUUGGCUGGCCCCUCUCGGAGGUAGGAGAGGGCGUCUACUUGGCCGAGGCCCCAGGAGGGUAUCGCUUCUACUUGCUGGACGAGGAACAGCCCCAGAAAGAUCCAGUGCAGAAGGUGUCCCUGGCAGUCUCAGACCUCCAGUGCUCCACCCACUACUGGUCUACGCUCCUAGGAAUGCAAGUUCUAGAGCGCAGCUCUGAGAAGAAGUCGGUCCUGCUGGCGUUUACAGACAGCCAGUGUAAGCUGGAGCUGUGUGACGUCGGUGGCCCUGUUGACCACGGUACAGCUUUUGGACGGAUCGCAUUUUCCUGCCCUCGGGAGCAGUUGCCUGAAAUUGAGGCCCUAAUGAAGAAGGAGAACCAGAAAAUCCUCACUCCCCUAGUCAGUUUGGACACCCCAGGGAAGGCCACUGUGGAAGUGGUCAUACUGGCUGAUCCCGAUGGCCAUGAAAUCUGCUUUGUUGGGGAUGAAGCAUUCAGGCAACUUUCUGCUAUGGAUCCCAAUGGAAAUGCUCUGCUGGACAAAGCUAUGGAAGCGGACAAAAGCAACGAAUGGUUUGCCAAGCAUAAUAAACAGAAGGCCUCCGCUUGAGAGUCCAGAACACUGCUGAAUGUGAACACGAUUUCCAGAAUGUGCCCGGUUUGGCUCUCCACUGCGGCUGCAUUCUGAAUCCUUCUGUGCUCUAGACAAGCUUGCACAAGACUGCAGGUUGAUGAGUGGCAUAUCCGUGCUUGAUGUUCAGAAGUACUCACUGCUUUAUGUACACGGAACGGGUUAUGGUUAAACAAUACAAAAGACUAACCUAUAGUGUUCAUAUGCAUUUGCAGUGAUCCGUAUUUCCAAAAUUUUAUCUGGUAUUGUAACUGAAUUGGCAAUGACUGCUGCUGCAACUGUAACAUAGACCAACAUUACAGCCUUUUCAUUUGAGGCAUUUUAUGUGAAAAGGUAUUCAUAAAAAAAAAUCUUUCU